CAACAAGGGCAAAUCAUGAAGGACAGGAAGUGGAAUGAAGUCUCGCGGUAGUUGCUCGCAGCGCCCGAGCGGAUGGUGGCUGCCGUUUUUUUUGUUGCGAGAUUUGCUGCUGAUAUUUUCUAGUUAAUUGUUGGUGAGAUAAAGCACGGGGAGGAAACUGAAAGGGAAGGAGCUCGAAUUCUGUGGGGUGUCUUUUUUCUUCUUAAAAACCUCUGAAAUCUGGGAAAAAAAAAUGGCUUCGGGCGACACUUUAUACAUCGCGGCAGACGGCUCGGAGAUGCCGGCCGAGAUCGUGGAGCUUCACGAGAUCGAAGUGGAGACGAUCCCGGUGGAAACGAUCGAGACCACGGUGGUAGAAGGCGACGUGCACCAGCCCAUGAUCGCCCUGCAGCCCCUCAGCGACGACCCGAGCCAGGUCCACCAGGAGGUGAUCCUGGUGCAGACGCGGGAAGAGGUGGUCGGGGACGACGCCGAGCUGAGGGCCGAGGACGGUUACGAGGACCAGAUCCUGAUCCCGGUGCCGUCGGCGGGCGCCGAGGAGGAGUUCAUCGAACAGACUCUGGUGACGGCCGUCUCCGGCAAGAGCCGCAUCAAGAAAGGGGCCGGCAAGAAGGCCACCAAGAAGAGCUACCUGAACGAUGGGGGGCUGGACAGGACCGGCAGGAAAUGGGAGCAGAAGCAAGUGCAGAUCAAGACCCUGGAGGGGGAAUUUUCGGUGACAAUGUGGGCUUCGGAUGAUAAAAAAACUGAUAUUGACCAUGAAACUGUGGUGGAGGAACAGAUCAUUGGAGAAAAUUCUCCACCCGAUUACUCUGAAUACAUGACUGGGAAGAAACUUCCCCCUGGUGGGAUACCAGGCAUUGAUCUCUCUGACCCAAAGCAGCUGGCAGAAUUUGCAAGGAUGAAGCCAAGAAAGCAGAAAGAAGAUGAUGCACCUAGAACCAUAGCAUGUCCUCACAAAGGUUGCACGAAAAUGUUCAGAGAUAACUCUGCCAUGAGAAAGCAUUUGCAUACCCACGGCCCCCGAGUACAUGUGUGUGCCGAGUGUGGAAAAGCUUUUGUGGAGAGUUCAAAACUGAAGCGACAUCAACUUGUUCACACUGGUGAAAAACCGUUCCAGGUAAAGCCUGUUAAGUAUUGUCCGCUUUCCUCUAAUGCUAAUUGUCAGUAUAGAAUUUUAUGCAUUGAUGGAUAUGGUGUUUAGAAAUUGUGGUUUUGC